UGAAGCGGACCCACUAUGACGUAAUGUCGACAGUUAAACGUCAUCACGUAAUCCUCUACACACUCUCACUGUGGGAGAAGUGUUUCCGCCAAGAUGGUUGUCGGUGCUUUCCCGAUCGCCAAGCUCCUCUACCUGGGCGUGAGGCAGAUGAGCAAGCCUGUGGCGAACCGUAUCAAAGCUGGGGCUCGAAGGAGCGAGUUCUUUAAAACCUACGUCUGCCUGCCGCCGGCGCAGCUUUAUCACUGGAUUGAGAUGAGGACGAAGAUGCGCAUUAUGGGGUUUAAAGGCGCCAGCAUCAAGCCCCUGAACGAGGAUGCCGCAGCAGAGCUGGGCGCCGAGCUGCUGGGCGAGGCCAUCAUCUUCUUCAUCGGCGGCGGGUGCAUGGUGCUGGAGUACAGCAGGCAGGCCGCCAACUCUCGGCGAAAGGAGGAGGAGCUGAACGACACCAUCGUGAGCCUACAGACUCAGAUAGCAGAGCUGUCGCUCUCCACAGAGACUCUGGAUGCUCAGCUCAGAGAGGUCAACCGGCUGCUGCACUCCUUACCAGCUCCCUCCUCAAAGUGAUUGGAUGCUACCUGUGCAGCGCAGGGUUGUUGGAACCAUGCGUGGAGGAGGAAACGCACACCGAGACAACACCCGCAGGUGUGCAGAGCCCCCUGCUGCACAGCUGGGGGAAGUGCACUGCUGCGCUUUCAUCUGCUCAAGUUUUGAGCAAGUGGUUGUACAAUGGCAUUGCUAUGAUAUUCAUAGUGAACUUCUAUGGUCGACUUUGCAUGCUUACUAUAAAUAUUACUGUGCAUAAGUUUGUACAGCACCACACUUCCUUACAGUUAACACCCGUUAAUCACAGGACAUCAUUUGGAAGCUUCUCAUUUUCACAUUUUAUUGGUUUGAGUGAUUUUUUAAUCACACAAAACAAGCAUCUGACCAUAUCAAGAUAUUAUUUUUUGGAAACUUCUCCUGAUACAGUUUCUAAUAGAUUCUGGUUGUGAUCACUGGCCGCUGUAAACUGUUUGUUGCUGGAAAAAUGAAGGUGUGAAAUAAACAUCUGUUAAUUUGUGUUAA